AUGGCUGUUGCUUCUAUGAAACUCAUCUUUAUCAGUGCAGUUUUUAUUAUCCUUUUCACAAACCCAUGUAUCGGUCUGUUCAAUUGUCCUACCCAAGAAUCCCAAGCUCUUCUUUCCUUCAAAGCAGCCUUGAACAUCUCUAAUGGCAUUCUCAGAUCAUGGGUUAAUGGAACUGAUUGUUGCUCCAUGUGGGAUGGCAUAUCAUGCGAUAUUCUCACCAAACAUGUAGAGAGAGUGAAUUUGAGUGCUUACCAUGUAGAGCAGGGAGUGCAGAGUGGAAUUAUAUCUGAUAGUUUCUGCAACCUUCCUUUCCUUAAAUACCUCAACUUGAGGAACAUUGGUCUAACUGGUACAAUUCCUUCCUGUUUGGGAAAUCUCUCUUCUCUUCAAUAUCUGCAUUUUAAAAAUAAUAGUUUGAGAGGAACAGUUCCCCCUGUCAUUUGUCAGCUCACCAAUCUUACAUUUCUAGAUGUAAGCUAUAACCAACUAAGUGGAAUGGUGCCACCAUGUCUACAAAAUCUCUCCUUGCUUAAGCUCUUGGGUCUUUCCAUUAACAAAUUCCAUGGGAGCCUUCAGCUUACUGGUCUUUCCUCUCUUGAGCAGCUGUAUGCUCGAAAUUUUUCUUUGGAUAAGAACAUUACAUCUUCACAGAUAGCAUUGCCAUCGUCUGUAAAGAUUCUCUGGCUCUCCUCAAUUACCAUUUCAGAUACUCUGUUUUAUAACCUUGCAGAAUUAAAGUUUUUGGUUCUAUCUUACUGUAUGCUGAAUAUUAGCACAACUUGGAUUCCCCUGUUCCAGUUAGCAGGCUUAGAUCUAAGCUCAUGUAGGAUUGGUGAUCAAAUUCCUCAGUGGCUUUUCACUCAGUAUUCUUUGCAGAGAUUGACUUUGGCUAGUGACAAUAUUGUUGGAGAAAUACCAUCCUUGUUAUGGGAGAACAAUCCUCAGUUGUAUUUGUUCAAUCUGUCAGGAAAUCAUUUGUUUGGCAGCCUUAUUGUCCCAACUAGAUCAAUUCACUGGCUUACACUAUUGGAUGUAUCUAGGAAUGCAUUAACAGGACCCAUUCCAUCUGCCUGGCCUCCAUAUCUGCAGCUCUUGAUGGUUAAUGACAAUUCUCUAACUGGCAAUAUUCCUCCAAGCUUGUGCAAUUUAAUUUACCUUGAAAAGUUAGAUCUAUCAGAUAACAAAUUGAAUGGAAGCAUUCCUCCAUGCUUUGCCAACUAUAAGCUAAUCCAAGUGUUAAAUUUAGGGGAUAAUAGUUUUGAGGGAAGCAUGCCCCACGGGCUAUGCUCUUCCUCUUUAAUUGUAAGAAACAAUAAGUUAAGUGGAGCCUUCCCUCCCUCCAUCAUCAAUUGUAAGACAUUGCAAGUACUAGAUAUUGGGCACAACAAAUUUACAGGGGAUAUUCCAUGGCCAGUUGGAAAUCUAUCAGCCAUUCAAGUGUUGAUGAUGAAGGACAAUAGUUUCAGAGGUAGCAUUCCUUCAGAGUUUGUCCAUUUGAAGCAGCUCCAGAUCUUAGACCUUUCAUCCAACAACAUAUCAGGUUUUAUUCCACAUACCAUUACAUCUCUACAAGCAAUGGCUGUCGCAAAAGAAGAAGGCCAUAUGUUGUCUACUCAGUUGAACCCUUUCCAUGCAAUUGUAAAACCUAAGGGCCUUAGGUCAUAUUCUGAGCUUGGCCCUUUUGAUACAUUUAUUACUGAUGUUAGGUCUCAUGAUGAAUUGGAUAUGACUGUGAAAGGCUUAGAGUUGCACUACCCAUAUAUUCUUUCCACACUCACAGGCAUAGAUCUUUCCAACAAUCAACUGAAUGGAGUUAUUCCUAUUGAUUUUGGAAAGUUGAAGGGGUUGAAGUUUCUCAAUCUAUCAAUGAACAACCUCAGUGGAGUCAUUCCACCCAGUUUUGGGGACAUGACUCAAUUAGAGUCGUUGGAUUUUUCUUCAAACAGAUUUUAUGGAAAUAUUCCUGCAGAGCUUCAAUCUCUAACUUCACUGGAAUGCUUAAAUGUGUCCAACAACAACCUGUCAGGCAGCAUACCUCAAGGAGGACAGAUGAUCACAUUUGAUAACAUGUCAUAUUCUGGAAAUCCAUAUUUGGAGGGAUGCCCACUUCCAAAGAAUUGUUCUUGGCCAAAGUUUGCUCCUCACCUCCCUUCUACAAAUGGUUUGCAAGAUGGAAAUGAAGAUUAUAGAAAGCAUAUACCAUGGUAUGAGAUUGGACUAGGAUUGUCACAUGUAGCAGGUUUUUCAUGUGUAAUGUUAGUGCUUGCAGUGACAAAGAAAUGGAGGAAGAGAUACUUCAAUCGGGUUGAUAAGAUUUUGAAGUUUUGGUUUCCUUCCAUCCGUAAUAAGAGAUUAUGGGGACUUAUUUUACCAAAACAUCAAGCAAAAGUAUGCCCCGAGGAAUCUUGA